CGACAGUGAAAGUGGAUCAAUACGCAGUUAACGUUUCGCCAGGCAGCGUGCAGCCAGAGUUCUCCUUGAUAUUCGUGUUUUUGUCAAAGAACAGAGAGCUAUUAGUGCAGCAAAUAGACUUUGUGCAGUGUCAUCAUCAUAAAUUGUCUUGUUACGCAAAAUUACUUCAUUAUUAACAUUGUGUCAUUAAUUUAUACUCCAUUUCUUGUUCAAUGUUUCUUACUAAGUGCAUACAAGCUCUGAAUACGUUGGUAGGAUUGUUGUUAUUAGCUUGUACUGUUUUGAUGCGUGUUGAGUCAUGAGUAUCUAUGGUGCAGUGCCAUCAGUGAUAGUGUUAAACGCAAGGACCUAUGAGUGACUGUUAGCAAUGAUUUCUGAGAAGCUAGAUAGGUAGUCACAGUGAUGAUAAUUGAGGAUUAAAUGUAGGGAUGGGAAACUUCAAGUUCUGGGGCUGCAUAAUGGUAUGUGGUGGUCUUGCAUUGUAAAGGGAGAACCAGCCAUGUAUCUUUCCUAUUUUGUACACAAAGUCACCUUCAAGUCAGAUUUACGGUGCUUCCGUUUCCUCCGUUGGACAAUUCUAGUGCCUCUCGUUAUUUAUUUGUCCCUGUUCUUCUUCAAGUACAACAGAAACGUGCCCUUAAGGAGUCUGACGUCCACCACCGCUGUACAAGAUAACAAAGGAUUCAUGAUUGAGAAUCUUUUCAUAGAACUGGAAGCAAUGACGGCUGACAAAAGGGAUUUGGAACAUUAUAAAGAAAUUGAUAAGAAUAUCAAGGACGUGGAGGAGGCAGAGAAUCAGGAGAAUCCGAGAACUUUGCUGGAGAAUAUCUUUCAAAGAGCUGAUACUAAUCAGGAUCAGUUGUUGGACAUCCAAGAAUUGGCCAGAUGGAUUCAUACGAAAAUUACCGAGCAUAUCAGCCGAGCCAUAAAAGAAAAUGUUGGUUUAUUUACCGCUAUAGAUAAUAAUCCGCGGAAUGGCGAGAUCUCAUGGGAAGAGUAUCACGGGCACUUUCUCAGAUCCCACGGAUUCCCCGAGAGCUAUGUGAGCUCGCACGACAAGAAACAUAGCGAUAUGUCGCGUACCUUAAAAGAGAGUAUAAUGAGAGACAGAGCUAGAUGGGCGGAAGCGGCAAGAAAUGAUCCGGAGAGAUUGGCACUCGACGAGUUUCUGGCUUUCACCCACCCUGAGAGCAGUCAUAGGGCCUUACUGCAAAUGGUCGAAGAUCUGUUUGAGAAAUUUGACCGCGAUGGGGAUGAACAGUUGACAGAAGACGAAUUCUCGGAUUUACCCUCAGAAGGGGUAGGUCUGGACUUGAAGGAAGACAAACGAGAAGCGGUAGGCGGAAGUGACGACAGGCGGAAGGAGUUCAGACAUCUUAUUGACAAAAAUAAAAAUGGAAAAGCCGAUAGAACAGAACUUCUGAUGUAUAUAGACCCAACAAAUCCAAGACACGCGAUACAAGAGGCUCAACAUUUAAUAAGCGUGUCAGAUACGAAUCUCGACGAGAAAUUAAACCUAUCCGAGAUUCUGAGCAAAAUGGACCUGUUCCUGGGUAGUAAAAUGGUGGACACGGAAAGAAGUUUCCACGACGAGUUUUAAUUGCUCAAGAUUGAAAAAAGAGACUCAAUGUUUAAGUAAAGAGAAGAGGACAACUGCUUUAAUUUUCUAAAGCAAAAUGGAACCUACUCUCCAAAAUUGGGCGCCAUUUUUUAUUGUCAGGAACCUAACCUUAUUGUUGACAGUGAACUAACCUCCUAAUCGAUAGCGAAACACAAUGAUAGCGUUUUUUUUAUAUGAAAUUUGGUAAAUUGUGCCCAAUUUUGAUUUUCUAAAAACCUUUUCUUCAAUAAGAAGGGUCCUACUCUUGCCGAAGCAGACAAUAUCUGUUUCUAAAUGAUACUGAUACUAAGUGUCUCAGUAAUUUUCAAUUAGAUUGAGCCUUAUAAUCAUAACCUAUAAAUUAAGAGUUUGAAUGUUUUGUUUGGAUAAGUCAACGAGUUAAACUAUUACACUUAUGGGUUAAAGAACUUAUUUUUCCACAAGGAUAGGCAUCAUUCUGCUUUCUCUGUUCCUCUAACCCAGAAUUGAUGUCUCUGUCUCUCACUCUAAUAGAUAAUCCAGUAUUACUAUUAUAUAUUGAAUUUUGUACGUUUAUUAGAAAGCACAACGAAGAUUUUCAUGUGCUUUUAAACCGUGUCUGUGAUAGUCUUUUAACGUAGAAUAUUAUUUUCGAAAUUGAGGUUAGAACGUCCAUUAAGGUUAUGUCUACUACUACAAGAAUUUUUUAAGAUUAUUUAUUGCGCUUUUCUGUUAAUUCGUGAUAGAACAAAUUCUCAAUGGAAAAAGAAACUGGACAGUAAUAAUAACUUGAAAGGAACGAUGUUGAAGAUAUGAAUCAGAUUUUAGAAUCCGUCCUUUCAGUGGAUCUCCACGGUUAUUUAUUUAACACAAGUUUCUUCGUUAAACUUUCAUAACUUUAAGAAUUCUAAUCGCGCAAGAUUUCGUCUAUUAUUAAAUAGAUUUAAUUUGCGACUUUAAGAAGUAUUUACAUAAAUGUGUUACAUAUGUAAUUAUAGAGGACAUAUAUCUUACGUUGACUGAAAUUUGUAGAAAUAAAAAUUAUGGAUGUUCCUUCUCGAAGAAACAAUCUUGUACUUUAUAAAACGUGUUUUUUUGUACAUUUAUGGUGGCAAUAAAAAUUAUUUGCAAAUAUCAAAA